AUGCAGGUUGAGAAACACAUUAUCUUGGCCGUAACCCCCUUGAAGUCUUGGCUUGCUGAAGCUAUCACCAAUUUUGACCUGAUGCACCUGGGCAGCGGAGAGCAUGCCGCGGUAUCCCUGGAGCGGAGUACGGUGUAUGGUGUACAGAGUAGGCUAUCGGCAGACUAUUUCAGCACUGCCCCCAACAAUUUGAAGGACUAG